AUGAAUUUCAACAAUUUCUGCUAUAAAUAUAUCCCUCAUAUCCCAAAACAUUACAGAGAACUGCAAUUGAAAUUCUCAACCAAAUCUGAAUGUAAUAAAUUUCUCCAUUUUAUCAUUCAUGAUGAGCAAAUAUGUACAUUUGAGAGGCAGGGAAUUGGCGCUUGCAAUGGUGAUAGUGGUGAAUCAUUGAUUUACAACGAAGAAAUAAUUGGUAUUGGCUCUCUCAAUCGUCCUUGCACCACAGGAAUACCCGAUGUAUACACCAGAGUCUAUUCUUACUUAGAUUUUAUUGAAUCUGUAAUAUCACACACAGGAUUACCAGAAUGCUCCAUUUCGUAAAAACUUAAGUAAAAGUACUUUUGGGAAGCAUCACAAAAUCGUCGGCGGCAAAGAUGCUCAAGUGAAGG